CGAAGCAACCAUUGAAAAUGAAGGCCUAAAAACAACGAAAAAUCAGGUAGAGCUUGAUGCAGUCAUUGCAACCAUGCGUUGUAUAUGAGAAUUCCUCGGUACUGGCAAUUCCUCCAUUCUGGGUGUAACAAAGGGGAUGCAGUAUUUGGACUCUCUUCAUCUGAUGUUGUAUGAAGGAUGAGUGAAGACAGCAUGGCCUCCUCUCUAUCCGCAAACCUGGAGACCGCGUACAUAUGGGCCAGGGAUUCCAUGGAGCAAGCGUCAAGGUUUCCAAUACGAGUACCCCAUCUUGUAAAUGCCAAACAAGAAAGGGGAGCUUUUGAUCAAGCCAAAGCAAUGGAACGCUUUCCUCUCCCACUGCCACCACAACUUGCACAUGAAAUGAAUCUUGGACUCCUACAACAACAGCAGCAACUUCAGCAACAGCAGCAGCAACAACAACAAAGCAACCAGCAGAAUGAAAAAUCUCUGAACAACCAUCAACAAUCCCCUAGCAAUGGUGCUAGCAUGCUUACCAGUCAGUCUCACAGUCAACCUGGACCUAGUCAAGCUACCACAACUCAAGCCACCUCGCAUACGUCAGGUCCAGGGUCCGGGAAGCGAGGUCGGAAACCAGGGUCAAAGUCGCGCAACAGCCAGCCUCCACAUCUACACACAGGUCUACCGGGUGAGCCACGAAUACGGCCCGGUCCUACAUUAGACGACGUAGGUGAGACACGGGAGUACAGGUGUAAAGUUUGUCCGCUGAUUUUCUAUAGCAAAUCAGAUGUUUUGCUUCAUGGUCGCUCACAUAAAGAAGGUAAACCUUAUAAAUGCGAAGACUGCGGAAAAGCCUUCUCAAGCACGUCUUACGUCACGCAGCACAUGAAGGUGCAUACGAAUGAGAAGCCAUACCAUUGUACUUUUUGUGAAAAGACAUUUAAGCAGCUUUCACAUCUCCAGCAGCACACACGUAUACAUACAGGAGAGAGGCCUUACCGCUGCAAUCAGCCAGGCUGCGAGAAAUCCUUCACCCAGUUGUCUAAUCUACAGCAGCACUGGCGGCGGCACAACAAGGACAAGCCGUACAAAUGCCGCGAUUGCUACCGUGCGUUCGACGAUCCGGACGUGCUGCAGAACCACACGCAGUCCCACGAGAACAACCGGCGCGAGAAGCGCUUUUCGUGCGGGGUGUGCGGAAAGUCCUACGUUCAAGAGCUGUACUUAAUGAAGCACAUGGAGAAACACCCCCACAUCGUAGGCCAAGCCAUCAAUAUCAUCAACCAUGUCACCAACUCUGUGACAGCCAUCAACCCACACAUCAACGUAGCCGGACAUGCGAAUCCACCGCCAGAGUUCAAGCCCAAGAAGAAGAAAAAGAAGAAGCAACAACAUCAACAGCAGCAACAAGUUGCCACAUCGGGCAUCGACAACCCCAUGCCGCUACCGCCUGUGAGUGUCAUCUCCAACCCCAACGCAACCUUGGAACGCAAUUCCUACAGCGUGCCCCCACCAGCAGCUCCGCAGCACGAGGUAAGACAGGGUAGUGAAACCCCAGGGCCAAGCACCAGCAUACCAGCUUCUCACCUACCCCAUACCAAUGGCAUCAUGACCAGCCAGACUAUGGGGUUACCACACAACAUCUCUACAACCAUACAUUCAGCCCUUCCAGCUUUCCAUAAUGCUGCUGGGUUUCCCAUGUCGUUACCAGCCGGUGUCAACCCGGUGUUUUCUACGGUCUACAACAUGGCCAGAUGAGGGUUCCAAGGGUAGCAUCAAUGUAGACAUAGUCCUUCUAAUGUUCAUGGACAUUUGCUCCUGCAACAAUUGCUCCUAAUGCAAAUCCAUAUGCAGGGAAUAAUUUUGCUUUACAAAUUUGAAUAG